AUGGCCAAAAAGAAGAGAAAGAACAACGCGCCCCAACCAAGGAGACCGGCACCGAGUGAGAGACGCCAGGUUGUCUCUUACGAUGAUAUCGAAGGAGAGGCAGCGCCCCCCAUCCCACGACAGAAAGUCUCGUAUGGCAGCGACUCCGACAACGACGACGAGGCCGACCAGGCACCCGAUCAGAGACAUGCAGUUGUGUCCAAAGAGGCCCUCAAGGAAAGAGAGCGCCCACAAACAGACGUCACCUAUGGCCAAGUAGGCGCCUUCCCUGGUCUGGACCCGCGCGACAAGGAGCCGUUCUAUGGCCCUGCCAACGAUGGUCUAGAUUACCUCCGCAUGGUCAGAUCUGAAGCACGCGGUAUCCCACACAUCGUCAGCGCACCACCUCCCAAACCGCCUCAGCCUGUCGACUGCGAUGAUGACGAUUACGAAGAGCAUGUCGACGACUACGGUGGCUACUACGAGGAAGAGUCGGAAGGCGAACACGAAGAGGGCUGGUACGAAGAUGGCGCUUAUGUGGCCCCGUCCCUUGCCGCUCCUGUCAUUGGUCCCGUCCAGCCAGGCAUGAAAGCUCAGGACGCCUUCUACGAUGCCAUCAAAGCUCGUUUCGAAAGGCUUCGUCACAACCUGCGAGCUUCGCCGUCUAUCCACGCUGUUCAAAGUCUAGACGACCAGCACCCAAUCUCUCUUCCUUUUGGCAACAGGAUGGCUGACAAGGAGUGGAAGCACCAUCUUCUACACACCACUCCUCUCCCUGCCCAACUCGCCUCACUUGACUCCCCGUCUAUCCUUCGCCUACUGAAGCUUGUCGAAGGUCAAAUAGAGAAUUGUCGCAAAACAAACAUUCCGCCAAACAUCGGUCUGUGGGCCUGGUCUUUACUGGCCAAACUGGACGAUGUCGGUUUGUUGCAGACCAGAGAAGUCAGCGUAGUUCGAGAUUUGGCAAAGAUGGCCAUCUGGGUACGUAUGAUGCAUCACAAAGCCAAGCACGGUAGGUCGAAUGAUCCUGAUUACGAACACCUCGACCACUAUCCAGAGGACAAUGCUGCCCAGCAAGAAGAAGGCGAAGUUGUCGACGGAGAUCAAGCCGAUACCACUCAAAUCGAUGUGCCACAGGUCAAGCCAGUGGAACCCGCUGUGCAAGCUCGGAUUCAAGAAGAGAUUACUUCAGCUCGGGAUGAGAAUGGCGAUGCGGCUAUGGACUUGGACUACUCUGAAGACCAACUCUUGGAUGCCAUUGCUGCUAAGAAGCGCCAGCUACAGACCGAAGCUGAAGUUCAAGAGGAAAAGCAGGAACAAGAAGAGUUCCCUGACACUAACACAUGUGUGACUAUUGACAUGCUUGUCACAGUAGCCAGCGAGUUCUACGGUCAGAAAGAUCUUCUCGUUGGCCGCUUGGCAUGGGACCAUCCUACCGAUUGA